AUGAAAGUUACAGUUGACUUAAGUGGUGGUUUGGAGUUGUUAUUCGAUAAAAAAAAAGUUCACCAAAUUGAAUUUUCAGAUAAAAAUGAAAUUCCAUUAAGAGAAUUAAUUUUAUAUAUGAGAGAUAAUUUACUUAAAGAAAGAGCUGAACUCUUUGUUGUUGACAACACAGUUCGUCCAGGUAUUUUAGUUUUAAUUAAUGACGCCGAUUGGGAACUUUUUGGUGGAAUCGAAUACAAUGUCGAAGAUAAAGAUACCAUUACUUUUAUUUCAACUUUACAUGGUGGUUAA